AUGAACUCAAGCCAGAACCCGGAUCUCCUUUCCGCGUUGAGUAUGAUUGAUCCUCGUUACUUGAUGAAUCCUUUGUUUUCUGACCCUGCGGCGUUAAGCUUUCUCCAGAAUCAUCCAGCAUUCCCUCUACAACAAAACAACGGCGGAGGGAAGGUGCUGAACAAUCUGCAUCAGAAUUCGUUCAGAAUCACGGAUCUGAUUGAUAAGAAUCGAUCUGAAUCCACUUCUGGGAGCAGUGACAAGGCUAAUACUAGUGGGGAGAAUGGUAAGAGCAUUUAUUUUUUAGGGUUUAAGGAGUUUUACUAAAACAAUUUUUAAGUUUUUUUAUUUUUUUACCUAAAAACUCUAUAAACAACGUAUUUUACCUAUAAACCCAAACUUUCGGUUCAUUUACCGCGACCGCCGCAUUAAUUACCAGCUUAAUGUACUCGUAUAUUGUUCGAACAUGGUGUUAAUGACACCUGUCCGCGGUUAAUCCCACCAAAUUUUUGAAACCCGACAUCGUGGCGCCACGGAAAUGGCGUCGGCUUCACACAAAUUAAUGUACUCAAACGAUAUACAUAUACUGCUUAUCCCGUCGUAUAAUUGUUAAUAUACCUACAUAAUUGGCAGUAUAAUUGUAGAUACUCUGAGUAAUUUGUACUGUAAUCGGCAACGUUUUUUUAUCGCAAUAAUAUUCCCCUUUUGAUUGGAGAAACACAAACAAAACGGUUUACGGUAGUUCAAGGGGAAGUGCGAGAGUGGGAGGAGGAUGGAGAGUGGAAGGGAGUGCGAGAGUAAGGGGAAGCGGAGAGUGUGUGAAGUGAGGGAAAAGCAAUUUAGAAACCAAAAAAAAAUUUAGUUUUUAAUUUAGGUAACAAAAAUUUUUAUUUUAAAAGUUUUAAUUAUAAAACUCAAUUUAAUUAUUAAAAUAAGUAAGUUUAAACUUUCGUUUUAUUGCCUAUACCUACUUUUUACUUUAUCAAUUUAUAAAAAUAAGAAUUCAGUUUUUGUAUAAACACAAAAUUGGCUUGAAGAUUAAUUAUGCAAAUUUUCUCAACUUCCCAGCAUGAAAUUUGAAUCAGUUCGGCGGAUAAUCGCUAAACACAAAAAAGCCAAAAUUCCCGAAAAAAAAUUAAUUGAAAAAUUACACUCUGUAAACUGACCUUUUCAGCUUACUGUGGCUAAAAUUAUUUUUAUUUUAAAAUCUUUUUAUUUUUUGAAAAUUGUUUUUAAAAAAAUAAUAAUUAUUGACAUUUAAGCUUCCUUAUCAUUAAUUUAAUCUUACAGACUCUCUAGAAGACGAAGCCUCAGAAAACGGUGGAUUAUCCGAACUUAACUGGAGCCAAGAUCACCGUAACACAUCCAGAAGCCCUGAUUCUACUCCUGGAGUCCAUGGAUCGAAGAAGGCGAGGAAAGCAAGAACUAUCUUUACAGACAAACAAUUACAAGAGCUUGAGACCAUGUUCGAGAAACACAAGUAUUUGACAGUACCUGUUAGGAUGGAGCUGGCUCAGCGAAUGGGCCUCAGUGAUACUCAAGUUAAGACGUGGUACCAGAACAGAAGGUAAGGUGUUUCAAAAAUACAGUAGGGUAUUUUAGAAUAUUUUUACCUUAUAGAAAACUAAAAAUAAAAACUUAAAAAAUAGCAAAAACUUUCUUUACAAAACAAAAACCAGUUUGACAAACUCACCCAUACCAAACCUGCUAAUUAGGGGCUUAAUUGGCUACAGUAGCCAUCUCACAUUAACGCCGAGUUUAUUGUCUUUUCUCAUCCAUAUUGUUCCCAUCUCAUUUACAGUACUCAAUUAAUUUCUUUAUUAAUCUACUCAUGCUAAUUGACAUUUGACUUUCUUAUUGUUAUUAGUCGCUAAGGGUCGGUAAUUGGCUGGGGAUGGGAAGGGCAUGGGUUUAAGGGAGUGCUACUGUAAGCUUGGUUGUUUUGUACUGGUACAUUGAAGGAGAGAGUUGGGGAAGGGGGGGGGUGAGUGGGUAAAAACUUUGUUUGGAUGAACACGCUAUAUCAAAUAAAAUUUAAAUUUAAAAAAAAUUAUCAUUCCCCACCCCAUACCACCAGAUUUUGAUUUUAAAGGCUCCUUAGUAACCGUUUCUACCCCCUGACGCCAUAUUUUGUUUUAAUUAGGCGGUUAAUUACCAGAGUAAAGACUGUUGACAUCUUAUAUCCAUUAAUUAACCCUCUUCCGGCGCUUCCCCCCUGCCCAUAAAGAGAAACACGCGAUUCGUUGGCAAAUGGCGACAUUGGGAAUAAAUUAACGUCGGGGAUUAUUAAAAGACAAUUAAUUGAAAGUAAUAUAAUAUUUGAUGUGUAAUAUGAGGGCUGAAGCGCGGUUAAGUGGGGUUAGUCAAAGGUCAGGGGGUAUUGUUUUGGAAUUGGUUACAAAUUGAAUGGCUAUACGGUAAUUGGAGGGGGGGAGAAGGGGAGGAGGUGUGAAAUUGAGAUGACAAAACUUGAAAAGAUACCAAAAAUUAAAAAAUUACAAUAUGUACAAAAAAACUAAAUCUUUUGAUUUCAGAACAAAAUGGAAGCGUCAAUCGGCCGUCGGCGCUGAUCUCUUCCAAGAACCCGGCAACCUGGCCGUUAUCCAAAACCUGCUAAGAACCAAUCCCUACUGGUCCCAACAAGCCAUGGCCAACCCCACGCUCUUCCCUUUCCUAGGCCAAAGAUUCAUGCCAAAUCUUCUAGCUAGCCAACCAGCUGCGACAACUUCACCCACCACUACUCAGCCUUCAGUCCCGAAUCCAUUUAUGCUGUUCGCUGGACUAAAUCCUCAACUAUUCCAAAAUAUGGCCAAUGGGCAGACUCAGUCCAGUUCGGCCAACAACUCAAGUCAUUCUAGUCCUGUACCUCAAACCGCGACAUCUGAAGGCAACGAAAGUCCGGAAGCCAAAGAGUUAAAAGAUGAAGAUAAGGUCUCUGAAUAG